UAGCAAUAAAUAUAUUUGCAUGGGACUUGAAUUUUGAAAUCAGUUCAGUUUUGCAUCGACAGUGCGAGAGUCCAGUGAAAUAUGAAGUUCUCGACGUUUCUGGUCAUCAUCCUUUGGAUGUUUCUACAAGGGAAAUCCUCACUCGCCAGUGAAUACAAAAUGGAACAGGAAGUUACCAUCCUGGAGCAGUGCCAUGGAUAUUGUUUCUCAGUCCUCCAGCCAUUCCUCGAUCAUUUACUCCAGUUUAAAGAGGCCAAUUAUGAAAUGAAUUUGCAGAGUCAGUUACUAAAAAGCAUGACUGAAAUAAAAAACAAUGUCGAACAAAUGAAGGUGAUGGCCGAGCCAACUAAGGAUCUCAGAGAGCAAAUUAAGGGCAAAGACGAACAGAUCAAGGUAAAAGAAGAGCAACUCAACGGCAAAGAUAAACAGAUCAAGGUAAAAGACGAGCAAAUCAGAGACAAGGACGAACAAAUCAAGGAUCUCAGAGAGCAAAUCAACAUCAAGGACAAACAAAUCAAUUUGAAGGACGAACAUAUCAAGGAUCUCAGAGAGCAAAUCAACAACAAAGACAAACCAAUUAAUCUGAAGGACGAACAAAUCAAAGACAAUGAAGAGCAAAUCAACGGCAAAUCAACGGAACAAAUCAAUUAUCUCAUAGAUGAUGUGAAGAUUAUUUCUUGUCUCAAUAGUGGCCCAGAUGGCAUUUUUCAGAUGACUUUCAAGGGAAUGGAGCCGUUCCAAAGUCGCUGCGAUUUGUCUCGAUGGACGGUCAUUCAACGGCGUAUCAACGGAAGUGUUAAUUUUAAUCGCAAGUGGAAGGCUUACAAAGAUGGAUUUGGAGACAUCCGGGGAGAGUUUUUCCUGGGACUGGAAAAAAUCCAUCUAAUGACCCUGACCCAGCCUCACGAGUUGUACAUCCGACUUCGAGACGUGAAUGGAACCACCAAAUAUGCUCGCUACGAUGAUUUCAAAGUAGGCAGCGAAAAUGAAGCCUACAAACUGAAAUCGGUGGGAAAGUUUUCAGGUACAACCGGAGAUUCACUAACUUACCAUCUAGACGGGAAGUUUUCUACAUUGGACCGGGAUAAUGACCAUGCAAGUAAAUUUAAUUGCGCAGAAAGUCAUGGAGGUGGUUGGUGGUUUAAAAACUGCGCUCAUAGUUCCCUCAAUGGAAUUUAUUAUGACGGUGGUAAAAGAACUGCCUCUCGACGUUUUGGCCUUGAAUGGGGCUAUUGGCGUAACUACACGAGUGACUACAACAACUCCCUUUUAUUUUCUGAAAUGAUGAUAAGACCAAAACCGUAAAAUGAGUACUCCUCUUUAAGGAUAUUUCAAUAGUUAAAUAAUUGCUGAAAAACGAUUAUAGCUAUCCAAAUUCAGUCAAAGCUAAAAUAUGUCAUCAUUGUGCACGAAAUGUAUCAAAAUUCUACAGCAAACAGU